GAUAUGCUAUCACUUAUUCACUCCCCUUCUCUACCAAAGAAGAGAAAGAAGAGAUUGGAGUUUGGUCGCAUGGCGAUUCUAUCUUUAUCAUUUGUUACUUCAAUUCUUAAACCCCAUAAACCCCAUCUCUCUCUUCUCUUCUCUUUCAAACCCACCCCCAUUUUUCAUCUUCAACGCCCCCCAAUACGACGCCGCUUCACUACAGCUGCCAUAGCCACUUCUGCAGAUACUCAACUUUCAGAACCCACUUCACAAACCCAUCAAAAUGCUUCUAUACCAACUUUUCAGCAGGCCAUUCAACGCCUCCAGGAGUAUUGGGCAUCAGUGGGAUGUGCUAUAAUGCAGUGCAGCAACACAGAGGUUGGAGCCGGGACUAUGAAUCCUCUGACAUUUUUAAGGGUUCUUGGUCCAGAACCGUGGAAUGUUGCGUAUGUAGAGCCCAGUAUACGACCAGAUGAUAGUCGUUAUGGGGAGAACCCAAAUAGGCUUCAAAGACAUACUCAAUUCCAGGUUAUUUUGAAGCCUGAUCCUGGAAAUUCGCAGGAUUUGUUUAUUCAAAGCUUAUCGGCUCUAGGUAUUGAUGUUAAUGAACAUGAUAUUCGAUUCGUGGAGGACAACUGGGAAAGCCCGGUGCUUGGCGCCUGGGGAUUGGGCUGGGAGAUAUGGAUGGAUGGUAUGGAGAUCACACAAUUUACUUACUUCCAGCAGGCUGGAAGUCUCCCGUUGAAGCCUGUAUCUGUUGAGAUAACUUAUGGUCUUGAACGCAUAAUUAUGUUACUUCAGGGAGUUGAUCAUUUCAAGAAAAUUCAAUAUGCACAUGGAAUCACAUAUGGAGAGCUUUUCUCAGAAAAUGAGAAGGAAAUGAGUGCAUACUAUCUCGAGCACGCCAGUGUGGAUCAUAUUAAAAAGCAUUUUGACUUUUUUGAGGCAGAGUCACGCUCUUUACUUGAUUUAGGCCUCGCAAUUCCUGCGUAUGAUCAGCUGUUAAAGACCUCUCAUGCUUUUAAUACCUUGGACUCCAGAGGUUUUGUUGGUGUAACAGAGCGAGCUCGUUAUUUUGGCCGAAUGCGCAGUUUAGCCCGCCAGUGUGCAUUAUUAUGGUCUGAAACGAGAGAAUCUCUUGGGUAUCCACUUGGUACUGCUGUUGAAUCUGAAGAUCUAAUUGUUCAAAAAGAAGUUCUGGAGGCUGCAGUUAAAAUGGUGCAAAUGGAACCAAGAUCAUUUGUCCUUGAAAUUGGUACAGAAGAAUUGCCGCCAAGUGAUGUAGCUCAUGCAAGCCAGGAACUACAGAGUCUAAUAGUCCAGUUACUAGAGAAACAGAGGCUGAGCCAUGGUAAGGUGCUUGUGUUUGGCACUCCACGUAGACUGGUGGUGAAUGUUGAAAGUCUAUUCCCUAAACAAGAUGAAAUUGAGGCUGAAAUUCGUGGACCUCCUGUUGCAAAAGCAUUUGACAACGAGGGCAGACCCACAAAGGCGGCUGAUGGAUUUUGCCGCAGAUACUCUGUUCCUCUAGAUUCCUUAUAUAGAAGGGUUGAAGGGAAAACAGAGUAUGUCUAUGUCCGUGUUACAGAGCCUGCACGAUUUGCUGUGGAGGUUUUAUCAGAAAAUUUGCCUGGUGCAAUAGGAAAAAUAUCAUUCCCAAAAUCAAUGCGCUGGAACUCCGAGGUCAUUUUUAGCCGACCUAUUCGUUGGAUUUUGGCCCUUCACGGAGAAGUUGUAAUUCCCUUUACAUUUGCGGGUCUCUUAAGUGGAAAUCUAUCGCAUGGUCUCCGAAAUACAUCAUCAGCUAAUCUAAGAGUAGAUAAUGCAGAGUCUUAUGUCAAAGUAAUGCAGCAGGCCGGAGUUUCUGUUGAUAUUGAGCAACGAAAGAAAACAAUUUUAGAGCUGUCCAAUGCUUUGGCAAAGAGAGUUGAUGGACAAAUUGUGAUGCAGAACAACUUACUUGAUGAGGUUGUCAAUCUCGUUGAGGCACCCGUUCCAGUACUUGGGGAGUUCAAUGAGUCAUUCCUAGUGCUUCCGAAAGAACUUUUAAUAAUGGUUAUGCAGAAGCACCAGAAAUACUUUGCUUUGACUGAUGCUCAUGGAAAACUGUUACCAUACUUUAUAUCUGUUGCAAAUGGAACAAUUAAUAAGAAGGUAGUGCAAAAAGGAAAUGAAUCUGUACUCAGAGCUCGAUAUGAAGAUGCAAAGUUCUUUUAUGAGCUGGACACGGGUAAAAAGUUUACAGACUUCAGAGAUCAACUGAAAGGAAUUCUUUUCCAUGAGAAGCUUGGUACGAUGUUGGACAAGAUGAUAAGGAUCCAGGGUACUGUCAGUGAACUAGGGCUGGCCCUUGGCAUUGACGAAGAUAAACUAAAUACAGUCAGAGACGCGGCAUCAUUAGCUAUGUCAGAUCUUGCUACUGCUGUUGUUACAGAAUUCACUGCCCUAUCAGGAAUAAUGGCACGCCACUAUGCUCUUCGAGAUGGCUACUCAGAUGAGAUUUCAGAGGCACUGUUUGAAAUCACACUUCCACGAUUUUCUGGAGACAUACUUCCUCAAACUGAUGCAGGGACUGUUUUAGCGAUUGCUGACAGGCUAGAUAGCCUUGUUGGGCUCUUUGGAGCUGGUUGCCAACCAAGCUCCACCAAUGACCCAUUUGGAAUACGAAGAAUCUCAUAUGGUUUAGUCCAAGUGUUGGUCGAGAACAACAAAAAUUUGGAUCUGCGACAAGCUUUGGAACUCGUAGCUUCUGUGCAGCCCCUAAAAAUAGACGACAAAAUAAUUGAUGCAGUACAACAGUUUGUGACUCGAAGACUUGAGCAAUUCCUGGUUGAUAAGGGAAUAAGUCCAGAAGUGGUUCGCUCUAUCCUUAAAGAACGUGCAAACUGGCCUUGCCUUGCUGCAAAGUCAGUAUAUAAGAUGGACAGUUUGUCGAGGGGUGAUCUUUUGCCAAAGGUAGUUGAAGCAUACUCCAGACCUACGAGAAUUGUUCGUGGAAAGGAAGAAAUCCUUGUUGAUGCAGAGGUGGAUGAGGCAGCUUUUGAGGCAAAGGAAGAGAAAGUUCUAUGGACGACUUUCCUCCUGUUGAGAAGCAAAAUUCACCCUGGUAUCGAGGUGGAUGAGUUUUUUGAGAACUCUUCACAGCUAUUGCAACCGCUAGAGGAUUUCUUUGAGCAUGUUUUUGUGAUGGUGGAUGACGAAAAACUCAGAAAAAACAGGCUUGCACUACUACAGAAAAUAGCUGGUCUUCCCAAAGGGAUAGUAGACUUGUCACUUCUGCCUGGAUUUUAACAUUUUUUUCGGUUUUGGUCUAAAGAUUUGAUAGAAUCUCAUUCUUACGAUCAUGGAGAAUGUAUACACAAGUUGCUAGUUAAAGGAGGAAUCCGAUUAUCAACAGCUAGUAAAACAAACUGUAAUAGGCUUGAUAUUUGAUUGCGUAGAGGUAAACUGUAUUUCUCAGCUGGGCACCCAUAGUGAGUUGAUAUAUAGAAAUUUUGUAACUUCCAUUGUUUAUAUCAAAUGUGUAUUAACAUAUGAAAAGACCAUAGCUGCCAUUUGGAUUCCCGUUUAGCAUUUGUGUAGUUACAUAUGAGACCCAAUACUAAAAUAUAUUUAAAUAUUUAUCAUCAUUCAAUAAGUUCUGAA